AUGAUAAGUGUGACAGUCGCAGCACAUGGUCGAACAAAACGAGUUGUCGGCGGAAAUCUUCGAGCCUACGGGAGUGGACGAUUAUCGAUUUGUGAUCUAGAUCGUGAGAAUGUUGUUGAAACUGACAUCAAGAAGUGAGAAUCUCAAUUAAUUUCAGCAAAAAAUCAAUAUUUUCAGCUGGAAAAUUGUCAGAUUCGUCGCGAAGAUUUUGGAAAUACUCACAGCUUUUUUGAGAUUCUGCUUGCCAUUUUUAUUUUCUUCCACACAAUUUCGACCACAUCGGGUUCCGAAACGACUUUUGCAAUCGUUCAAUCAGCCAUCAGCUAUAAAUGUAGGUUUUGGGAGGGGCUAGAGAGGCUAGAGAGGCCUAGAGAGCCUAGAGAGGCUAGAGAGGUUAGAGAGGCUAGAGAGGUUAGAGAGGCUAGAGAGGUUAGAGAUGCUAGAGAGCCUAGAGAGGCAAGAGAGCCUAGAGAGCCUAGAGAGGCUAGAGAGGCUAGAGAGGCUAGAGAGGCUAGAGAGGCUAGAGAGGCUAGAGAGCCUAGAGAGCCUAGAGAGCCUAGAGAGCCUAGAGAGUCUAGAGAGCCUAGAGAGAGUCUAGAGAGGCUAGAGAGGCUAGAGAGUCUAGAGAGCCUAGAAAGUCUAGAGAGGCUAGAGAGAGGCUAGAGAGGCUAGAGAGGAAAUUCUGAAAAUUUUAAAAACAUUUCUGAAAAGAAAUUCUGAAAAUUUUAAAAACUUUUCUGAAAAAAAAUUCUGAAAAUUUUAAAAACUUUUCUGAAAAUAAAUUCUGAAAAAAUUUUUAAAAACUUUUCUGAAAAGAAAUUUCUGAAAAUUUUAAAAACUUUUUUCAAUUCUCAAAAGUUUUUGGGGAUAAAAAUUCAAUUUUUUCUGAAAUCGGUAUUUUUCAAAAAAAAUCUUUAGGAGCAUUAAAAAAAUUCAAAAAUUUUUAAAUUUAUCAGGAAAAAAUAAAUAUCAAUCUUUAGAAUCCUAACAAGCCUAAUUUAAGCCUAAGAAGCCUAUUAAGCCUAAAUUUUUUAUCGCCAAAGCAACUUUUAAAGAAGCCUAAGAAGCCUAUGAAGCCUAGAAAGCCUAGGAAGUCUAACAAGCCUAACUCAAGCCUAAGAAGCCUAAGCCUAAGAAAAAAGAAGCCUAGAAAGUCUAAGAAACCUAAGAAGCCUAAGAAGCCUAAGCCUAAGAAAAAAGAAGCCUAAGAAGCCUAUUAAGCCUAAAAAUUCCUUUUCUAAAAACCCCUUAACCCUUUUUUCAUCUUCAGAAAUUGGACGACGAUACACUUUUGCAAAUCAUAUCAUUCUUGGACGCCAAAACUGUUGUUCGAUGCGAACGUGUUUGUCAUCGCUGGAAUACAAUCGUCAAUGAUAACCUUGGAAUUUUUCCAAAACUUCAGACCGAUCAGGUUAGCAACCAACACAAAAAAUAUGGGAAGAUUUGGUUAAAGUCACGUAGGUGACAAAGUUUAUUUUGAAAAUAUCUGUAGGGGGUUUUUUGGGUUGGAUGUUCUUUGAGAUAUAGAAUAUACAGUGGCGUGCAUUAGUCAUGCACACUCAUGUUUUUUUGGUGUAGGAAAGGUGAAAAUAGUCGGAAUGAGGUGAGAUUUGGCUAGAAUAAGUAAAUCGGUCCUAGAAAUGAUAUUUUAUCAAAAUAAUAAUGAUUUUGAUAUAUUGCCACGUGGAAGUUCCAUGACUUGCAAAAUGAUGAAAAUCGUAAUUUUCACAUUUUUCACAAACCGAACUCAAUUUCUUUUUUUGUUGAAUAUUUGUCAGUUUUUGAGUCAGACACAAUAUUUUAGCAUAUUUUAGUCAAUUAGGUCCAACAACCAAGUAUUUUGAUGAAAUAUAAGAUCUUCAGUAAUCUCCUGAAAUCUAUGCCUUCACUGAAACUAGCCAUCAAUUUUGAUCAUGGCUGAAGGUAUCAAAAAUAUGUGGUAUGAUUGAUAUUAUGGAUUCAAAUGUUGUCAAACAUCAUCAAAAACAAGUUUGAAAAGUUUGUUAUAAAAUGGAUUACACAAUUUGAAACUCUAGUGAGGUCAAUGGAAAAUCUUGAUUUUUUGGCUCUUGAAAAAAUCGAAACUCAUGAUUUAUUUUGCGUAAAAAGAAGUUUUUGACGAAGAAUUUUUCGAGAAUCUGAUGAAACUAAUUAAACUUCAUCAAAAUCAAUCCUGAUUAACUUUUCUACCCGUGAAAAAUAUCAUUUUAUUGAAUGGUUUUCAACAAAUUCUCUGAGAUCUCGAAAAUGAGAGGCCAAAUUUGUCUGCAUACUGGUUCGAGCAUACAUUUUUUCGUUACCCACUCAAAUUGACUUGGAUACGUCUAAAAAAACAUUUUGACAUCUUAUUUCAUAAUUUCCAUCGAGUUUCUAUUCAAAUUUAUGAAAAAACAGAGUUUUUUCAACUUCUCGUUUUCAUUCAGCCAAGCUGAUUGAGAGUUAUUGAUCGAAAUUCUCACCAAAUUACGAGAUGUGGUGGAAAUCGUUGAGAAUCCAUGACACCACGGAUUUAGGUAAACUGAAGAACCAUUUUAAGAACAUAAAACCCUACUUUGAAAAAUUUUUCGAUAAUGUAUGGAUAAAAAAUGAGAGAACUGUCAGACAAAAAUUGUAACACUUUUAACAUAACAUGUACUGAAAUGAAACCAAAUGAUCAGUAUUCAUAUGAAGCUUUUCGAACUUGUUUUUGAUGAUGUUUGACAACAUUUGAGUCCAUAAUAUCAAUCAUACCACAUAUUUUUGAUACCUUCAGCCAUGAUCAAAAUCGAUGGCGAGUUUCAGUGAAGGCAUAGAUUUCAGGAGAUUACUGAAGAUCUUAUAUUUCAUCAAAAUACUUGGUUGUUGGACCUAAUUGACUAAAAUAUGCUAAAAAUAUUGUGUCUGACUCAAAAACUGACAAAUAUUCAACAAAAAAAGAAAUUGGAGUUCGGUUUGUGAAAAAUGUGAAAAUUACGAUUUUCAUCAUUUUGCAAGUCAUGGAACUUCCACGUGGCAAUAUAUCAAAAUCAUUAUUAUUUUGAUAAAAUAUCAUUUCUAGGACCGAUUUACUUAUUCUAGCCAAAUCUCACCUCAUUCCGACUAUUUUCACCUUUCCUACACCAAAAAAACAUGAGUGUGCAUGACUAAUGCACGCCACUGUAGUGUAAUUUUUUUUUUUUUUUGAAAAAUUUUCAAAAGGUCUUUAAAAGGUUUUUUAAGCGACUUGAAAAAUUCUAGCGAUUUGGAGUAAUUGUUUUUUUUUCUGAAAAUAAAAAAAAAUCUGAAAAUCUUAUCUUAAGAAACCAAAAAUUAAACUGAUCAAAAUUUUCUUCCGGAACAAAACAGGCUUCUAAAAAAUCUGAAGUUUUCAAUGUGAAAUUUAACAUCGCUGAAAAAAAAAAUGAAUUAUGUGAUUUUAUGAGCUGAAUUCAAAAAUAAAAAAAUUUUUUUUGGCUUUCAAAAUUCAAAGAAUCUGAAACUUUAUGCAAAAAAUUUAAAUUUCUUCAUUUUUGAAAUAUUUUUUUUGGAAUUAACAUUUCAUAGAAAAUUCAUUACAGAUUUCGAAAAUUAAAUUUCAACAAAAAUAAUUAAAUUUCUUUCCGAACUGUGAAUUUUUUUAAAAUAUGGAACUUUAUGCAAAAAUUUGAUUUUCUUCAUUUUUAAAAAGUCGAAGUAACAUUUUAUCGAAACUUCAGAACGAACAUUCAGAAUUCAGAAUAAAUUUUGAAAAUUUCAAAAAAAAAAAAUUAAAUUCCAGUAAAUUUUUGUUUGAAAAAAACGGGGUUUCAAAUUUAAAGGAACAAACUGAAAAUUGGUAAAUUAUUUGUCGAAAGUUAGACAUGCAGGUUUUUCUACCGUACUCUCAGCAUGUGUCUUUAGAGUUCUCGAAAAAGACAAGAGUUUAUGCUCUCUAGGCUCUCUAGGCUCUCUAGGCUCUCUAGGCUCUCUAGCCUCUCUAGCCUCUCUAGCCUCUCUAGCUUCUCUAUCCUCUCUAGACUCUCUCACACUCUCUCAAAUUUUCCAGAUCCGAGUUCUCUUCGAUGAGGGCGAAGUUGUGAUCUACCCACUCGACGAAAAACGUUUCCCCACCCGCUACCCCCAUGCCCUCCCUCCAAGUUCUCGCCGUCCGUCUCCGACAUCUCACAACUCAAUCGCUCUUCGUGCGCGGCCUGAUCCCCGUCGAAUCCGGUCCAGUCCUCCGCCUUCUCAAUUGUCUCUCCCUCCAGCCCCAACAAAUCUACUUUAUUUGGAGCAAAUUCUCACCAGACAGCAUAUUUCUGCUCGAGGAGUUGAUUCAACAAAAAUUCGAUGACUGUUUGUGAUUUUGGACUUGAGGAAUGUUCGCCGUCGCAUUUGUUGACUGAUCGAUUGUUGGAACCGAUUUCACAUAGUGCGGUUUUUUGGGAGGGGUUUGGGAGGCUUCAGGGGGCUCCGGGGAACUUCAGAAGCCUCCAGAAAAAAUUCAGAAGGCUUCUGAAAGCUUUAGAGAUAUUUGGAAAGCUUCGGAAGGCUUCAGAAAUUUUUAGAAAUCUUCUGAAUGCUCCAGAAAGCUUCAGAAGGCUUUCGGAAACUUCAGAAGCCUCCAGACAGGUUCGGAAAUUUUUCAGGAAGCUUCAGAAGCCUCCAGACAGCUUCGGAAAGCCUGACAGAGCUUCUCAAGGCUUCUCAAGGCUUCUCAAGGCUUCUCAAGGCUUCCCACGGCUUCCCAAGGCUUCUCAAGACUUCAGAAGCCUCCAGAAAUAUUCGGAAGGCUCCAGAAAGCUUCGGAGAGCUUCAGAAAGAUUCUGAAGGAUUCAGGAAGCUUCGGAGAGCUUCAGAAGGCUUCAGAAGGCUUCAGAAGCCUCUAGGGAAGCUUCGGGAAGCUUUUGGAAGCUUCAGAAAGAUUCGGAAGACUUCAGAAGCGUCUAAAAAGCUUCGGAAAGCUUCAGAAAACUUCAGGAAACUUCAGCAGCAUCUAGAAAGCUUCAGAAAGCUUCCAGAAGGCUUCAGAAGGCUUCCUAAGAUUUCCUAAGGCUUCCCAAGGCUUCUCAAGGCUUCUCAAGGCUUCCCAAAACUUCUCAAGACUUCAGAAGGCUCCAGAAUGCUCUAGAAAGCUUCAGGGAUUUUCGAUAUAUAUUUUUUCAGAUUUGACUUCACUUCGAUUGUGGAAUAAUGGAAAAGGAUCGCAUUAUGCGAUUUCAGAUGAGACAAUUUUGGCACUGGCCAGGUGAGUACUGUACUUUCUAGAUCUCUAGGCUCUCUAGGCUCUCUAGUCUCUCUAGGCUCUAUAGGCUCUCUAGGCUCUCUAGGCUCUCUAGCUAUAAAAAUAUUGAUUUUUUUUGCAGAGGAAUCAUCAACGGAACAGCAGUCGAAACCAUCGAUCUAGCCACAUGUGUGAUAUCAAAUGAAGCAGUUGUGACCUUGAUUGACGCAUGGGUAAAACAACCGCCAACCGAUCUUUCGAUCUCAUUCAACAAUUGUGGACCUGUCGAAAAAUCGGCCGUUUUACGUCAACUCGCUGAAUACGGUAUAUUGUUUGAGGACGAGCAACGCAUUCGAGUUAAUGGUUUGACACUUACACUUUUUUGUUGA